AUGGUACGCAGCGAAGAUGAAUUCGGGGAGAAGAUCGAUCGAUGUUUGGCUGACUCUCUACUCAAAAUAAGUGGAGGAAUCGCCAUUGGUGUUGUAGCGAGUGUUGCAUUCUUCAAGAGCCGGUCCUGGCCGAUAUGGUUUGGAUCGGGUAUUGGACUAGGAACAGGAUGGUCGAAUUGUCGCCACGAUCUAGCACAACCUUACUUACUACAUGGGAAGAAAGUGCCUGUUGAAGAAAACACCAAAGUAGGCACGACAUCGGUGAUCCUUUCCAUCCAACAAAAUUCGAAAUUUUAUGAGAAUCUUGUCAUGUAUUUUGCUAUGCACCUUGGAGACCAGGCUCGUGUACAUUGUUGUGAAGGAAACCGAUUUAGCGACUUUAUGGAAGUUGAGUGCAGUAUCAAAAUUAAUAUAAACAACACACGGACAGCGAUUGAAACAAUGAAGGACCUAAAACAGAGAUAUGCCUACAUUCUUUACACUGAUAGCAUCGAGACAACACCGUCGAUGAUACCGGAAGAAGCUCUUAAACGUCUUGAUACUGUGGAAGCAAAGGCAGGAUCAUCUUACAGUCAGGAAUCGUAA